AUGAUAGCUCCUACAUGGGAAUCAUUGGCGAAGAAAGUUCAAGGUCAAGUCAACGUCGGCAAGGUGGACUGUACAGAGUCCCAGUACUUGUCGAACAUGUUCGACGUGCGUGGCUUCCCGACCUUGAAACUCAUUUCGAACGGCAGGGUGUAUGGAUUUUCCGGACGCAGAAGUUUGGAGAAUUUGGAGCCGUGGGCCUUGCAAGGUCAUCAAGGGCAAGAAGGCGACAUGUAUCCGUUUGACCGGCCAUUGUACCACCGAGUCUCCAUCUCUGUGGCCACGCUGCUCGCAAAGUACGGGCUGCAAAUCAUUGCCGUUGCGUUGAUAGCAGUUGGCGCGCUAGUGUGCCACAUGGAACGUCAACAGUCGCAGAGACUGCGUCUACACGAGGAUCAACUCAAAGAGCUGGCGCAACGCCGCGCUGCUGAAACGGAAGGGUCCGAGGCACAUGAGGAGGUAACCUCAAAAAAGGAUGACUGA